AUGGGGCAGAUGAAGCCAUCGUCCUCGACAUCGGGGUUCUUCCAGGACUUCCCAGUCGUUCUACCUCAAUAUACGAGCACCACAUCUUCAGAGUCUGCCUCGACAUCCGAUGACCCAACAUUACCCCGUAUUCUAUCAUUAUAUCUUCCCACACCCACCCCGCGCGAAGUCUCAAAGCAUCUCCAUGACUUCUCGCGUCUUGUCCUGUCGCCGUCGACCCUGAGCCACACAGUCGACUGCGAAACCGACCAACCGACGCUCCACCCACUCACUACGUUCGGCGAAGAGAACAAGACAUCACCGCUCCGCACCAGCGAAGGGUGGCGAGCUCUCAAACAGAUCCAGACCAAAGCCGGCGUUGUAGGCCAUGGCUACGCGCACGCCUCGAUCCACGCCCCUUUCAACCGACGCAUCAACCAAUUCGCAACGCUACAGCUCUGGGACGGGAGCGCCGCCCUGGCAACGUGUCCCAUUGCCAUGACCGACGGGGCUGCCGUGCUCUUGCGACGCCACCUCCACGACGAACCAGACGACUCACAGCCCUUUCGGGCCGACGUCUUUCUCGAAUCCUACCGCCGUCUCAUCUCUCUGGACCCCAGCUACGCCUGGACAUCGGGGCAAUGGAUGACAGAACGCACCGGCGGCAGCGACGUCAGCGGCACUGAAACCGUCGCGCGCCGCAUGACGCCACAAGAGCUCGAAUCCGACGCCGCGGCCUCUCGCGACCAAGACGCCCACGGCCUCCCGCUCGGCCCUUGGACCGUGAGCGGAUACAAAUGGUUCUCGUCCGCGACAGACGCCGACAUGACGAUCCUGCUGGCGCAGACAGACAAGGGCCUCAGCGCGUUCUACGCACCGCUCCGCCGUCGCGUCGGCCGCGGACAAGCACACCACCACACUGACACUGAGAUGAACGGCGUGCGGCCGAUCCGACUCAAAUCCAAGCUCGGCACAAAGGGCCUCCCGACGGCGGAGCUCGAGGUGGCCAACAUGCGCGCCUACCUCAUCGGCCAGGAGGGCCAGGGGGUGAGGGAAAUCAGCUCCAUCCUCAACAUCACCCGCCUGCACACCGCGCGCGGCGGAGCGGGAUACCUGGGCCGCGGCCUCGCUGUGUCACGAGCGUACACGCGCGUCCGCCGUGUCCGCGGCGGCCUGCUGUCCGACAACCCGCAGCACCUCGCCUGGAUGGCCGACGAGACGGUCAAGUACGCGGCCGGCUCGCACCUGGUCUUCCUGGGCGUCGCGCUACUCGGGAGCUCCGAACAGGGCCACGACGCCGUGACGCGGGGCACACCCGCGGGCGCCCUCCUGCCUCGCGACAAGGAGUCAGCCGACACCCUGCUCAGGAUCAUCACGCCCGUCAUGAAGUCCCAAGUCACCAUGAACAGCGUCUCCGGGCUGCGGGCGUGCAUGGAAUGCCUCGGCGGCGUAGGCUACUGCGAGAACAACGAGGACGGCGGCGUCCUGAACGUCGCGAGGCUGUUCAGGGACAGCGUCGUCGGCACCAUAUGGGAGGGAACCACGAGCGUCAUGGCCGAGGACGUGUUGCGUGUGAUCAAGAACCCGAAGGACAAGGAGCGCCGGCGCCGACGCGACGUCUUGGACGCCGUGUUCGGGGCCUGGACGCGUGCUGUCCUGGCUGCAGUCGAGCAGGUCUUCGCCCUCCAAUGCCGCGCCGUGUUGAACCGGUACGACGCCCUGAAAGAAAUGGUGGAUCGGCUCAGCGUGGGGGAGCUGCUUCGUCGUGGAAGGGACGUCCUAGACCAUAUCGAAGCAGUAGCCUGCUCUUGCCUGCUGAUGUUUGACGCCUGCAGGGACGGAGACGAGGUCGCAAACGCUAUUGCGAAGACGUGGGUUAGAUCAAAGGCCUUACCGGCAGACGCUGCCGCUCUCGAAGAACCAGCCGACUGGAUGAAAGCGGUUGAUCUCGAUAGGAAGAUAUUUCUUGGAUCAGAUGCUGGGACCCGUGCGAGGGCACAAGCAAGACUUUAG